AUGGAACUGUUCACAAGAUUUGACGUCAUGAGGGUUAGCCGGGAGACGGGGUCAAAACGACAUGAAGCAAAAACAGUUGCGCAAGCGGCUGGGCUUGAAGCGACGCGGCGGAGCGCAGCAGUUGGAAUCGAGGUGGGACCAUGGCGAGCUGCAGAGAUGGGUGGCGGUAACGAGGAUCUUCACACGACUCCGACCGCUGCGCUUCACCGCGCCGCUUCGAGCGCAGCCGCGUGCACAAAUGUCCGUGCUUCAUGUCGUGCUUUGGUCCAACUAUAA